CAUUUUUGGAGUAGAAAGAAAGGAAUUCCCAUGGAGCACAACUGGGGUACCAAACACAUCCUCGAUUGCAGCGUACUGGCGUGGUUUAAGAUGGGUGACGCAUGGCAACUGUGUUGGUAGAGCUUUGGGCCUCACAGCUCUGCUUGAAAGAUUUAAAGAUAAAAGGGGGACGCGGCAUUUCAUGGAAGCGCUUCAAACCCUCCGCUCCAGAAAACCUAGAACCCAUUUAAUUUUAUCCUCGGCCGCUCUAUUCGUUUGUUAAUACAUACUACAUUUUAUCCUCCCGACAGAACCAUCGAGCGACGACUUGUACGCUUCCUCCAAAGCAAAUACCCAGAUCGAAGAAAGCCAAGGAAUUCAAUCCACAGAGAGUGGAGAGGAGCCUCCUCUCGUCCCAGCCCUAGUCCUUCGAGAUCCGGUCCCUGCAAAACUCCCCGAGGAAUGGCGGAUGAUGCCGGCGCGGCCGCGGGGGAGGAUCCGGCGAAGUCGUUGGCGUCGGCGGCGGCGAAGAAGCAGCGAAGGGGGAUCUUCUCCCGGAUUUGGCGGGGGAUCUUUGGAGUGAGGAGUGAGGACUAUGAGAAGAGGCUGCAGUCCUUGUCCAAAGAAGAGGCCGCGGUUCAUGCGAGGAUGAAGCGGCGGGCUCAGUCGUCCAGGAGGAUGGUCAGGAAUCUUAUUGUUCUCUCAGUGAUCGUGGAGGUCAUAGCAGUUGUAUAUGCUAUUAUGACCACAAGAUCACUAGAUCUGAACUGGCAGAUGAGGGCAGUUCGAGUUUUGCCUAUGUUUGUUUUACCUGGUUUAUCUUCUGUUAUCUAUUCAACACUUGUAAGCUUCACAAGGAUGCUUGAUCGCAAAGACCAGAAAACACUUGAAAGGCUACGUGCUGAGAGGAAAGCAAAGAUUGAUGAGCUUAAAGAAAGAACAAAUUAUUACACAACACAAGAACUCAUUCAGAAAUAUGACCUUGAUCCUACUGCAAAGGCUGCAGCAGCAAGUGUUCUAGCAUCUAAAUUGGGGGCGGAUUCUGGUUUGAAAGUAUUUGUCGGAGAUGAACCUAAGACCAAUUCACUGGCCAAAAGCAAGGAUGUUGAGCUGGUGCAAUCUGAUGGGCUCCGGAAUAGGAAACAAUCUCAUUCAAGAAGCGAUCAUGCUGGGAGUGCAACUACUUAUGUGGUCGAUGAAACUUCCAUGGGGUUCAGGGGUGACAGCCAAGAUGUGCCAGUUCAGUCUCCGAAGGUUGUUGAACAUUUUAAAGGUUCAAGCCCUAGCAAUGGUGGAUGGAUUGCACGCAUUGCUGCACUGCUUGUGGGCGAGGAUCCAUCACAGUCUUAUGCGCUUAUUUGUGGCAACUGCCACAUGCAUAAUGGACUAGCCAGGAAAGAGGAUUUUCCACACAUAACAUAUUACUGCCCACACUGUGAUGCUUUGAACACAUCGCAGCAAUCUGGAGAACUUGCCUCAGGUUGCGGUUCUGGCAGGACCAGUCCACCUACUCCAGUUGAUGGAAAUCAUGCUUGCAAUGCUUUGACGGGGAGGGAAGUCACGAACAACAUGACAAAUGCUCGGGAGCCUUCUGUGUUAGGGGGUGGUGAUAAAGUAAAUGCUGUUCAGGCUAGUUGAGGAUUUUGCAUACGUUGACAGUGUUUCUUUUUACCUUUCUCUAUAUUGUGAUAUGCCCUGUGUUCUGGAAAGGAAGUGUGAUAGGACUGCUUACCAUUUAAUUGUAUAUUGUGAAGGGAGAGUAGGUUGGCUUGUUAUAUGUAGUGUAAAUUUGUGUCUCAUAAUCCAUGAUUCCACAUGAA